AUGGCGGCGGACGGGGACUGGCAGGAUUUCUAUGAGUUCCAGGAGCCGGCCCGGAGCCUCCUGGACCAGGAGAUGAUUUGGAAUGCCCUGACAGAUAAUUAUGGGAAUGUGAUGCCUGUAGACUGGAAGUCAUCGCAUACUAGGACCUUGCACUUGCUUACUCUGAACCUCUCAGAAAAAGGGGUAAGUGACAGUUUGCUCUUUGAUACGUCAGAUGAUGAAGAGCUGAGAGAACAGCUGGAUAUGCACUCAAUCAUCGUCUCCUGUGUUAAUGAUGAACCCCUCUUCACGGCAGACCAGGUUAUUGAAGAAAUUGAAGAAAUGAUGCAGGAAUCACCGGACCCAGAAGAUGAUGUAACCCCUACACAGUCAGAUCGGCUUUCAAUGCUUUCCCAGGAAAUUCAAACUCUUAAGAGGUCUAGUACCGGCAGUUACGAAGAGAGAGUGAAAAGGCUGUCAGUGUCUGAGUUAAAUGAAAUCCUGGAAGAAAUUGAGACUGCCAUUAAGGAGUACUCUGAGGAGCUGGUGCAGCAGUUGGCUUUACGAGAUGAACUGGAGUUUGAAAAGGAAGUGAAAAACAGCUUUAUUUCUGUUCUUAUUGAAGUGCAAAACAAACAGAAAGAGCACAAAGAAACAGCAAAAAAGAAAAAGAAACUAAAAAAUGGCAGCUCUCAGAAUGGGAAGAAUGAGAGAAGUCAUAUGCCCGGCACAUAUUUGACUACAGUCAUUCCUUAUGAGAAAAAAAAUGGACCACCGUCUGUUGAAGAUCUUCAAAUAUUAACAAAAAUUCUUUGUGCCAUGAAGGAGGACAGUGAAAAAGUUCCGAGCUUGUUAACUGAUUAUAUUCUGAAAGUUCUGUGUCCUACAUAGAGCAGCAACUUUAUCUGCGGUGGGCUCCAAGCUAGAUUUCCUACAGCAUUAUUCUGAAAGCUGGCUACCGUUACCCUUCUUGCUAUUGGAAACUCAGCACAUUUGAACUUGGGUUUGAUUCAGUAUUAACAGAUCUUGACUACACUAAUUCUUUAUAUUAUAGAACCAACGGAAAUAUGGGCACUAUUUUGAAUUCUAGAGAUGGUUUUUGUUAAAUCUACUAAUAAACUGUUCUCUUAGUAGACUGAGAGAGAGUAAUAUUAAUUGUGCAUGUGCAGUUCUAUUUCUCAUUAACUGACAGUAUGCCCAUUUGUGUUUACGGCUUUCUUAUCUGAACUGCACUGAUGAGCUAGAUUAAAGGCUUGGGAGAUUUCUACUAUGAAUUCAGUGACGGCAACAACCAACACUGUGUUUUGUGAGAAUUGUCAGUAUAACUAUUACCUGCCAGUAUUGUUCAGAGAGACUGAAACAGAAUAAACUUGGGCUGUUCUUGAAGAAGCAAAACCAAAUAUGCAUUACUUUGGUUUAAUACUUUAACAUUGAAACUGUUGGUGAUGAUGGAUUUUGUAGCUUGCUGCUUGUUUCACCAUUGGUCAAAUUUUAACCAUUAAAUUGCCAUUCACUUUUAGAA